CAUAAUUAAAAAUGGGUAAGAAGAGAGACAAGAAAGGGCAUUACAAGAAGAUGCAGCAGGACCAGAACAGAGCUGUCGAUAUUAGUGACGGUUUGAAAGGGUUCUUCAUCACUUGUAAAACAGGAACUGAGAAAAGAUGAAUAAAGGAAAUCUUUAAUGUCCUUAAUGAGUAUACUGAGAAAUUAUACCCUGACAUUGAAGCUCAUAGAGAAGAAAGAGAUCUCCAGCUCAAGAAGGAACAAGAAGAAGAGAAGAAGAAAAGAGAACAAGAAAGCACUGAGGAGCAAAAGGAAGAAUCUAAAAAGGAGCCAACCGAGAGCAACGCUACAGAAUCUCUUCCUGAGCCUACAAAACCAGAUAAGCCUAAAUCUAUGGACCAGCUGAUAGCAGAUGAAAUCAAGGAUCUUAAGAAAGACCAGAAGUUCUACGUCUUUGAUCUAAAACUUAAGUCAAUGAUUUUCAUCAAAAUCUCAAAACCAUACAGAGACCUUAUAGAUGUCAACAAUCUUGGGGAUGCUAUCCUGACUGAUAUUCAUGAGAAAGACAUGAAUAUUCUGAGGUUCUGCUUAAAGCUAAUCCCUAUUAUCUUCGUCUGCAAAGCAUCCAAUACGAAUAAUUUCUAUAAGUUGAUCAGGAAGGAAGUCAAGCAGUAUUUCACUGGGCUUAAAAACUUCACUUGGUCCAUGGAAUACAAGAAUAGUAAUAAUAUGCUAGUUAAGCGCCAAGAAGUCCUAGAUCUAGUAUACAACCUUGUGAAUACUGAAGACUCUAACUGCUCCGUUGACCUGAAACAUUCUGAAUACACUGUCUUCUGAAGAGUCUGCAUGGAUAUUAUAUUGUUCGGAAUUCUCCAUAAAUUCAAUAAGUACAGGAAAUUCGCAUGAACCAACGCUCUAAAAGAGCCAAAUCAGGAAGAAACUAAAGAAGAAGCAAAAACCCACGACGAAAAUCCCCCUACCAACCCCUCUUCCCAACCCCCUUCAACCCCAAAAGACCCUCCCACCCCCUCCCCCAAAACCCCUCCCAACCCCUCCACUGACCCCACUCCACCCGCUCCACCUCCCAACCCAGCUGCCCAAGAAGACAGUCAGUCAGACAUAGAUCUAAUUUAA